AUGGAGUUUCCCAAGUUGCGCAGACAGUCUGAGGAUGUGGUAAGCCUAGAGGAGGACCAUGGAGGUUUUUCGAGGCUGACCUCUACCAACACAGCGGAAGAAGUGAGCCAUUUGCAUCACUGUUCGCCUUGCAGCCGAGUGGGUGAUGCAAGCUGCAGCAUGGAGGAGCUGGAGUUUUCCGAGCAGAACUCCUCUGCCGCAAUGGAUUCAGUCCGCUCGGUCCAUCCCUCAGAUGUUUCGUGGGGGGUGGACUCUGGGUGUUUGAUACCGGCGCUUUGCAGUGUUUUUUGGCUCACGGAGGCAGCAUUGAGCGGUUUGGAACGGAAUUUCGCCAUGAAGACGCAGCGGGCAGCAAUGUGCUGGCUUGUUGGUGCGAUGUUUGCUUGCUCUGUCGUGGGAGAUACAACUCAUCUCGCUCAGGGAACAGUCGAGGCAUUUCGAAAAGCUGUGCAAGAAACAGGCGCGGCUGGUUUCCCUUUCCACUCGGAGAUGAUGAAGCUGUUUCAAUGGAUGCCAUUCAGCAGUUACUUUUCUACCCACUACUACCUGCAUGAGUCAUUGUUGAAACUGCCCGAACUUCGAUCGCAUCGAGCCGUUGGUCGAACUUUGUUCCCCCUUGCUGAAGCCCAUGGCUGGCUCCCUCAAGCAGUGGAGGAAUACGGUCUAAAGCUUGAUCCGAAAGAUGUGAUUCUUUUUGUUGAUGGAUCCAGGGGAUUUGGACCGCUUGACUAUUUGAUGUCAUCCUUUGUUUCCUUGGGCAAACUGUGGAAAGGUAGUUUGCGCAGCUGGUGCCACAACCAUUUGGGUGCUCAUUUUGGAGAGCCUUUCUACCUCUUUCCAUUGGGUGGCAUGGUUUUUGAGUUUGGUCGCCUAGGCCUCGAAUCUCUUGGGGAAGGUAAACUCAGAAAGCAGCCUGAGCCUAGUCAGUUUCUCUUUCUGACGAGCUCACAUUUGGUAGUUCGCAGCCGGCCUUGUAACCACUGGAAACUGCCCCUCAGCGAAAUCAUUGGCUAUCGAGAGUGGGAUGAAAAAGUGGAUUCCUCCAAGUCCUGUCUAGAGAAGGCGACCUUUCCAUGGGACGAUGAUGGCCGCAUUCCUCAGCUUGGAGAUGAUUAUGUGGGCCUACGCUUGAGAACGAAGAGUGGAGUUCUAGGGCGCCAUAUGCUACCACGAGGCAAAUCUUAUGGUUUGGUGAGCUGGAAAGAGUUGCGAGGUCCUGAUUUCUCGGACCUUGGAAAGGUAUGCCACCUCAAAAAAUGGGUCAAAUCACAUCCGAACUUUACUGAGGUGAAAUAUUUCAAGGCCUCUGGAGAUGGUAAGGAUGAGAGCUGCUUUUCGCUGAAGUGGACUGCAGAGCCUUACAUGGAGAUGCCGACUGGGUCGUACGAAGAGCCAAGCCUGUUGCAUGCCAUCGUUGCCUUCGCCAAAGAGAUGAGAGCUUUUACCACUCUGGACCCCUGGGACACUCUAGAGCGAGGAGAUAGGCUUCUCAAGGAUGGCUUAUGCGAAGAGGCCCUUGACAACUAUCUCCGAGCAGCGAAGAUGAACCCGGCUGACACGGGACUCCAUGAAUGGAGGAGCUUGAUGGAUUUCCGAAUCCACCAAGGGCAGCAGUGUUUAGGAAUCCAACGUCCAAGACUUGGAGAAUCAACCUGCAUGGAUCAGUUUCCUGAGCUCCGGAACCACAAAUUGAUCGAAGACUUCCAGAUUCUCAGUUCACCAGAAGGCUGGCGUCGAGUGAAGCAUCUCGAGGAGUGGCGUCGUUUCUUCCAGCUUUCCAAGAAGUUCAAUGCAACUGACGUGAUCAAGGCCAAGAGGAAGUUGUUGAAGAAGUAUCAUCCAGACAAGCACCAAGCUGAUGCAGAUUGUGCACACCAGCUGUCCAUGUGGAUCAUGGCGGGUGCAGAACUCUUGAAAGAACACCGCUCAGACCGAACCAAUGAACUCUGA